GUAGAGGGACCCUUCUUGUUUAAAGGGUAGUCCUCACUGCUUUAUGGGGGGGCUGGUUCGCCUAGAGCUAUGAUAUUAACUGUAGGGGGAAAUAAACAAAAACACAAAAAUAAACGGAAAUACGCCUUUUAUUGCGACAACAAAAUCAUUUUCGAGUUGUGUAAUAAAUUAAAAUGAGAAAAGGAACAUAAGUUCAAAGUAAAGGAAAAGUUACAAAUUAAAAUGUUCUCACAACAAAGAAAAAAACAAAAAAAAACUGACGGAGCUCCGUAUCAACAAAAUACAACAAAAUUUUACUUCUUUUAAAAAUAUAACUAAAAUCAAUUUCUGGCGUCAAAGAACCAAUUCGGGUUUGUUGACGGACGGAGGUUAUCAGGCAACAGUAACGAUACCAGUCUUGGCGUCGGUAGGUUGUCCUGGCAACAGGUCUGCAGAGGGGUAGUGGUGAGUCCCGCGGCGCUUCCAGCGGCGUGGGUCGGAAACAGUCACUUUCCUUUUGAUAGUGCUGCGGUAAGGUAGGCGGAGCAGAUCUCCAGAGAAUCACGAGCGUCGUCGCGCAGGCGCAGAACAUAGAAAAGGCCACUUCUCUCGUCACGGCUGAACGGACACUGCCUUCCGUGGAUCUAUCACCAGUGGAUUACCCGCCGCACUAUCGCCCGACUAAUCCUCCAUCAUCAACAAAUAAACUAAACGAACCUUUCCUUCGGCUCAAAUAAAAUUAACGUCUCCUUGUUCGGGCUCAUUCAAAUAAAUUAAAAUAAAUGUCCUGGUGGCGUCAACAGUAACGUAAUAAACCCCAUUUAACUGGAUGUUCAUUCAUUGAAAAUGAGGACCCAGGUCAACCUUAUCUAUAAGGCGGGAUACACAUUCUCACUGGCGGCUCUACUGUUGUCGAUAAUAAUUUUUUUCUAUUUCAAAUCGUUGACAUGCACUCGGAUACAGAUACAUAAAAACCUUUUCAUAUCGCUGGCCGUGAACAAUCUCCUCUGGUUGGUAUGGUACGAAGCUGUUGUCGACAACAUACCUGUUUUAUUGUCGAACGGAAUUGGAUGCCAAAUACUUCACGUCCUAGUCCAGUAUUUUAUGGUCGCCACUUACCUGUGGAUGUUCUGCGAAGGGCUUUACCUCCACACCCUCCUAGUCGUCACUUUUGUCACCGAGUCGAAAGUCAUGCCCGUACUGCAUCUGAUCGGAUGGGGCGUCCCUGCCCUCCUCGUCACAGUCUAUGCUUCCCUCAGGGUUUCAACGAAAGACGAUACCUUGCACUGCUGGAUCCACGAAUCCCUGUAUUCUUGGUCACUGUCCGGGCCAGUUUGCCUCAGCAUGAUCGCCAAUCUUGUCUUCCUCAUAAACAUUGUUCGUCUUCUGCUUACCAAGUUGCACUCGGCAGCGCAUACUAGUCCAAGAUCUUCCUUUAAAGAAAAAAACCCCUCGAUACGUUCAAAAAGAAGAAGUACUAUCAGCAGCCAGGGUCUCCCUUCCGGAAGGACGAAGAAGGCUGUUAGGGCAACGUUGAUUCUCAUCCCUUUAUUGGGUUUGCAGUACAUAGUUACCCCGUUUCGGCCAGAACAGGGCACAUCCUGGGAAUAUCCAUAUCAGGUCACUUCUGCCUUGGUAGCAAGUUGCCAGGGACUAUGUGUUGCGUUGUUGUUUUGUUUCUUCAACGGAGAGGUUGUAGCGGCCAUGAGGAAAAGGUGGCGACAGUGCAGGCUGAGUAAAAAGCCACCAUGGCACUCUUGCUCUGGUGUUACUUCAGUUUCGUUCAGUAGAUCAUCCAUUGGGCAGGAGCUGGCCGGUGGCAAUAACGGUUGUGAGGCUGGCAGCACCGCUCCAGCAAUGCACAUAGACAGCCUCGCCUUCGGCAACUGUCAGCUGUAACAUCGCAGGGAUCAAACUAACCCCGAUGCUUGGCAAAUUUAUUAACAAAUUUAACUAACAUUGUUUCCAACGUAAAUGCAGGGUGAUGCUCCAAAAACAUGUAUUUUUUACAACGAGGACGUUCAUUUGUUGAACGUUAAUGUACAAACUAAAAAAGUGGCGAUUUUAUCUGGGUCAUUCAGAUGAAAUAUCAUGCUUUUCAAAGUUUUCUCUGUUGUGAAUAUAUGAAUGAACAGUAGAAUAGAAAAUCAAUAUGCACACAUUUUAAAUGACAAAAGAUUCAUCCCAUCUGAAUAAUAGUCAAUAUGUUUUAAAUAACAUAUCAUUCAGAAAUAAGUACGUAUUUGCUUUUUUCAUUAUAUGAUUAAAUGAAUUAUACUAUAAGAGGGAAUGAAGAUAAAGUAAUCUAUAUAAACUAUAUGUUGCUCAUAUACAUUAGUAAACACCAUAUUAAUAAUUAAGUCCAAGAUUGAACCUAUCGUGUCUUCCUUGUCCACACAGUAAUUAACAGUUUUUCCUUUUUUUUCUUUUUUUUAAUAAAACAAUUCUCAGGGUAUUGUAUUUUUAUUGUAGAUCAAUGAACUUAAUUGAGCUUUCGUGGAUUACUUUAUUUGUUGAAACAACAAAUAUUGUAAAUAAUAAAAUCAUUUGAUGGGACCUUUUAAAUAUAAGAUUCCGAGAAAUAGUUUUAUUCUAUAGAUUUGUAUAAAUCAUAAUUUGAUUAAAUUCUAAAUAAAUAAACUAUAUUUUCUCUGAGUAUUUACUCACAAUUGGUACAAACUUUAUGAAAUUAACUCUUUAUUGGAAUAAUUAUUAUAAUAUU